AUGUCCGCUCAAGCAAACAGCUCUGCAGUCUCCGAAGCUACUGUAGCAACCGCUAAGAACAUGCCUUAUGUGAGACUUGGGAAUUCAGGCCUCAAGGUUUCGAAGAUCAUACUCGGAACGAUGCAGUAUGGCUCGAAGGCAUGGCAGGAUUGGGUACUUGACGAGGAGGAAGCUAUCGAACAUAUCAGAGUCGCGUACGAGGCGGGCAUCCAGACAUUCGACACAGCCAACGUUUACUCCAACGGCCACUGCGAAAUCGUCCUCGGCAAAGCCAUCAAACAUCUGAACCUCCCUCGAGAGGAGAUUGUCGUUAUGACCAAGUGCUUUUUUGUGGUCGCCAAGGAGGAAGCGACGGGGCUAUUACAGCCUAGGGAUAAUCCUGACCAAAAAGGAUACGUGAAUCAGCAUGGGUUGAGUCGCAAGCACAUAUUCGACAGCGUUAAAGCCAGCUUGCGACGUCUCCAGCUUGACUAUAUCGACGUCUUGCAAUGUCACCGGUUCGACCCCGAGACUCCUAUCGAGGAAACUAUGCAAGCUCUCCACGAUGUAGUCAAAGCUGGAUACGCUCGUUAUAUCGGAAUGAGUUCCUGCUACGCUUACCAAUUCCAUGCAAUGCAAAGUGAGUCUGCUAUGAUUAAGUUCUCGAAAAGCUGCAGGGACGCCAUCGAACUGCUCACCAAAAAUGAUGUAGACUACGCUAUUACCAACAGGCUCACGCCCUUCAUCUCGAUGCAAAACCACUAUAAUAUGUUGUAUCGUGAAGAAGAGCGUGAAAUGUUUCCUACUCUCAAGAUGCUGGGCGUCGGAGCCAUUCCCUGGUCUCCUCUCGCACGCGGCCUCUUGACGAGACCUCUCGGAGAAGAAACCACGCGCAGCCAGACCGACUUUCGAGUCCAGUUAUACAAGGCAUCCCCCGCUCGCGAUACGAUCAUCAACCGUGUGGAAGAACUCGCUGAAAAGAAAGGCGUCAGCAUGGCACAAAUCUCUAUUGCUUGGAUGCUCAGCAAAGAUCAUGUGACGGCCCCGAUCGUCGGCACGACUAGCCUCGACAAUUUGAAAGAUAUCAUCGCCGCUGUGCACCUUAAGUUGACACCGGAAGAAAUACAAGAUUUGGAAAAAGAGUACCGACCGUCCGCUAUACUUGGGCAUGCGUGA